AUGGAAAUGUUGGCCACAGUAAAGAAGGAAGAGAACAUGGGAAGGCGCCAAAUGUGCGCCACAGUAAAGAAGGAAGAGAACAUGGGAAGGCGCCAAAUGUGCGCGAAUGAUGGCGUAGCGCCCGUUGUCAGGUGCAUCAAAAGACGUCGCAGAGAACCAUCCAUGGUCAACCUCGGCCUUAAUGCUGACCAAAGUCAACCACACCAAUUAGGCGAUCAAGUAUCUGCUGCCACCGCUACCACCCCGAAGAGAAGUUCAAGAUUUCGCGGUGUUAGCAGGCACAGAUGGACUGGUCGGUAUGAAGCCCAUCUGUGGGACAAGCUCUCUUGGAAUGUAACGCAAAAGAAGAAAGGGAAGCAAGUUUAUCUAGGAGCUUAUGAUGAAGAAGAAGCAGCAGCAAGAGCAUAUGAUAUGGCUGCACUCAAGUAUUGGGGAACAUCGACCAUCACCAAUUUUCCGAUAUCAGAUUAUGAGAAGGAGAUCGAGAUUAUGCAAACAGUAACAAAAGAGGAAUACUUGGCCUCUUUAAGAAGAAAGAGCAGUGGCUUCUCAAGAGGCGUAUCCAAGUAUAGAGGAGUUGCAAGACACCAUCACAACGGUAAAUGGGAAGCAAGAAUUGGGAGAGUCUUCGGAAACAAGUAUCUCUACCUCGGCACUUACAGUACUCAAGAGGAAGCAGCCCGUGCCUACGACAUUGCUGCAAUUGAAUAUAGGGGGAUCAAUGCUGUGACCAAUUUUGACUUGAGUACUUACAUCAGAUGGUUGAAGCCUGGAACAAAUGGUUCAUUAGUCAUCUUACCGGAACAACAUAUCUUCACAGAUUCUUCAAUAGCACUCUCAGCAACCAACUACAUCCCUGUAGAGGAGACUAAAUCCUCAUUCUUCCUGGCCAAUCCUUUCACUGAAGACUACUUAAACAAUAUCCCUCAAAAGCAAGAUACAUUCGAAAGUAAAGUACUCAUUAGCUCGUGCAGUAAGUCUUCUUCUUCACCAACAGCGCUAGGCCUACUCCUCCGGUCCUCAUUGUUCAGAGAAUUGGUUGAGAAGAACACAACUGUCUCCGAGGACAACACAGAUGGCGAAGAGGAAAAAACCCAACCUCCACAGGGAAGUGACGAUGAAUUCACAGGGAUCUUCUGUGACGGAUUAGGGGACGUCCCCUUCAUCUGCUCUUCAGACAGGGAUGAUGAGCAGCUACAAGAAAGAGAGCUUCAUUCAUUCUGUGAAACUCUAAGAAACCCAUCAAAAGGAUGA